UCGUGGUGACCUCAUGUUCAGAUAGCAAAACCCCGAGUUUACAGGUAGGAGCUAUUGGCAUUGAGACGUGUGUUCAUUUUUCCAAAGUCGUCAUUAUCCGAGACUGUGAUUUUUUUUAUUCUGUAAAGGAAUUGAUAUUGUUUUAAACACCAUGGCAUCUUCUGAGGUAAACAAUGAGAGUGUUAAUUGUAACGAUUUCACAAAAUGUUCCAUUUGCUUCGAAGAUUUCAAAUCGCCAAAAUGUCUUCCAUGUUCCCAUUCGUUUUGUCACGUGUGCUUAAAGAACCACAUCGAGUUUUCAUGUCAAUCAAAGCUAGCGCCUGUUGGGUUCUCUUGUCCCCUGUGUCGGGAUUUCAUUCUGGUUGAAAACAUUUCAGCAAAGAUAAGCGACUGGGUGAACGGUUUUCCAAAUAAUGACACCCUCGGAAAGAUAUCUGAAACUUUGCAGGGAGGUUUUUGUGAUAGCUGUCAAAGAGAUGGAGAAGAAGCAAAGGCAACGCAGUUUUGUUUGAAAUGUAAAGAAAAACUGUGCAUUGUGUGUACUAAAUGUCACAAACGUAAUCUUGUCACAAAAGAUCAUGAAGUUUUGUUAUUGGACGAAUUAAAGAAGUCUCCCAUUGUCAUUGAAACAAGAAAAUCGUGUCAUAAGCAUGCAGAUGAAAUCAUAAAGUAUUAUUGCAGAGACCAUUCAUUGCCUUGUUGCACAUCUUGUAUUUGCACUGUGCAUAGAAAAUGUGACAACAUUGAAACGGCCAGGGAAACAGCUGAACGAUUUCGUAAGACGGAACACAAUAAGUUGUCCUUGGCUAUGGUAGAUUUAGAAAAUGAACUGACAGCGAUCAAACAAGAACUUGAGAAAAAUGUUUCAAAUAUUGAUGAAACGUUUGACAGUUUAUCUGCGAGUGCGGAAGAGUUGUAUACGAAAGUUUUGAAACACAUUCAAACAGUAAGAAAUGAAUAUCUAAAUCAGUUGUCUGAGAAAACCAAGGUAUGCAAAAUAGAACUGCAGGAAAAUGCAGAAUCUAUUGAAGACAAAAUCUUUUACCUGAAAAGAUGCAGAAAAUCGCUAAACGAUCUUAAAGAAGAGACCAAAGAUGAUCAGUACGUUCGCGAAUUUCAUGAUGCCAACAAAAAAUAUACCAUGCUCAGAGAUCUGUAUUCCAAAGACAAGUUUCGUCUAAAAUUAGUGGGUUUGACGUCCAUUCCUGUUACACAGGACAUUGAACGCACUAUUUGCUUUUGCGAUGUUAACAUUGUGACGACAAAGAGAUUCUUUCAGAAGAAAAAAUGCCGGGUAGCAGUUCGGCAAGUAAUAACAAUUUAAUAACAAAAUAAAUAGAAAAUUUCUUUUAAAAAGGCACACAUCAAGAAACAUUUUUUUGAAUGUCAAAAGGAUUAUCGAAAAUGACAAAAGUGAUUAACAAAGAAGCAGUCAUCAAGGUUAAUCCAAAGGAAUCAAUGAAGAAGAAUGAGUGAUCCAUUGAUUCUUAUACUGUUUUGAAUGCCCAAAUGAACCGAUAUUUGUGAAUAUUUGUGUAUUGUAUCAGAUAUUGUACAGUCCGAGGCACAUUAGCGCCGAGAACAGUACAAUAUUUGACAAAAUGGGUAGAUAGAGGAUUAUAACAUUUUGUCUGUUCAUUGCUUUUGAACACUUUUAACAAUCGUUCUGCUUCAUUUCAUUUCCUUAGCAUUUUCAAAAAAAGUUAACAAUAAGUCACCAUCACGAUAAUCAUUAGGCCAAAAACAGAACAAAUUUGCGUUUGGGUACGUAAAAAACUAAAUAUUGAAUGAAUAAAGGAACACUUGUCAAGACGAUGAAGCAUUUUAAAAGUUUAUUGGAAAACUACAGGUAUUGGGGGUGGGGGUUCAGGACAACUAGAAAUAUACUGGACUCGGUUUAACAAAAAAAGGCGCCACAAAAAUGUUUCAAAUAUAUCUACUUCCACUAAAAAUAAUUCUCUCUAUUUCUUAGGGAAAUUAACUUUUAAACCAAAGGACUAAAAUUUCCACCAUCCAAUUCUAACCAGUUUAUCAAUCGGUAGAAACUUUCAACAACCUAAGAAAAAUCACGGACUGCGUUAUUUAUACUAUGUAUGUUAAUAUUGUUAAGGUUGUGUUAUCAAGCAGAACAGUGACACUUAACAUCAAUUUCGAAAUAGCAAAAUUACGUCACACUGAUCUUUGACGGCUUUGUGUUUCAAUUAUUGAUUUAAACUCUCUAUGCAUGAACUGUGUUUGCAUUUUUGACCAUUUCUGUUUGGUUUC